AUGCAAACGACAAUUACUUUACCGGCGGCUUGUGAUUUUCAUCUUCACGCACGCCAAGGUGUCUUGAUGGAAAUGGUAGCUCCUAGAAUCGCUGAAGGUGGUGUCUCGUUGUGCUAUGUUAUGCCGAAUCUUAAACCACCAAUUACAUCCACAGAACAAGCACUUGAAUAUAAAGCUCAGCUUGAAAGACUUGCUCCAAAUGUCACUUUCCUUAUGAGUUUGUAUUUAUGUCCUGAAUUAACACCUGAAGAGAUAAGAAAGGCAAAAAAGCACGGAAUUGUUGGUGUUAAAUCUUAUCCAAGAGGGGUUACAACAAAUUCAGAAUCAGGUAUCGAAUCUUAUGCUAUUUAUUAUCCGGUUUUUAAAGCAAUGGAAGAGGUUGGGUUGAUCCUGAAUCUUCACGGUGAACUUCCGAGUGACGCUGACCAAGAUAUUUGUGUUAUGAAUGCUGAGGAAAAGUUUUUAGUGCAUUUAAAGCAAUUACAUAAUGACUUUCCAAAGUUGAAAAUAGUCCUGGAACAUGCUACUACAAAAGCGGCUGUUGAUACGGUAAAGGAUCUUGGAGACACUAUUGGCUGUACUAUCACUAUACACCAUCUUCAAUUGAUUGUAGAUGAUUGGGCUGGCCAAUGCCAUAAUUUUUGUAAACCAGUUGCUAAAUUUCCUCAUGAUCGUCAGGCCUUGCGUGAUGUUGUUCUUGAAGAACAUCCAAGAUUUUUCUUGGGUACUGAUUCGGCGCCACAUCCUGCUUAUCUCAAGGAAUGUGCACAUUCUUGUGCUGGUGUAUUUACAACACCUCUAGCUAUUCCAUACCUUGCCACAGUAUUGGAUUCGUUCGGUGCAAUUAAUUGUUUAAGAAAAUUUGCAUGUGAAAAUGGCAAGAAAUUUUAUGGUGUUAGUGAAGAAGGAAAAUAUCGUGAAAUUACAUUAGUUAAGGAAACCUUGCUAGUUCCUCAUUCAUACUCUUUCGAUGAAUCUGUUGAAGAACGCAAGGGAACUUUUCCUUCUCAUUACAUAAAAAAAAAAAAAACGUUAAUGGCUUGCCCGGAACAAUUACCGUUAGAACUAAUUCUUGCGGUAUUUACUUUUAUUCCUGCUCGAGAUCUUUGUAGAUAUUUAAGUUUAUCCAAAGCACUUCGAUACGAGAUUCGAAAAAUAAUAGUUGAGAGAAUUCAACGUGAAUUCAAAACAGGGAAUAACUACUUACUGGUUACAAUCGAGCCUUUAGAUACCUACAGUUCUGGUCCAACUCAUAUUUUUGAUUUAAUGCUUUGCGAUGUUGAUAUAUUAUCACUUAACACUAGAUUCAAGAUUAAUGACAAGGCAUUCGAUAAUUCCUCACCGAUUAAACAUGACAAGACAUUCGAUAAUUCCUCACCGAUUAAACAUGCAAAGAUUAUAGGUAGAAAAUUACAAGGCACCGAAAGAUGGGAAACUAUUCUUCAUAAUUCUCAUAUAAGUAUUGGUUCUACCUGGUUAUCCAUUUUUGAUCCUUCUCAAACUAUCAGAAAUGUUUCGUUACAUGUUUUCUCUCCUUUUGACUUAAAACAUGAAACUACUUAUGUUUCUAAGGGUAGUUUAACAUUUAAGAUCAAUUUAGAACCAGAAUCAAUUAAGUGGUGGAAUAGUAAUAUUGAUGAUUAUUCAACAAUUGUUGUUAGUAACAUGAUUAGAGAAUUUGAUGAUUUUCAGAGUCUAAUUGUAAUGUCCCUUGUUGAAGAGGUUAUUGUAAAUGCUGGGGUAUUGUUAACAGCUAUUGAAGAAAAAUGGCAGGAUGAUGUUGAGUGCGUGGUAAUUGAGGAUCCGGAGGAUUAA